CUUAUGCAGCUCCCUUUUAUUGUAAUUUUUAGAUGUAUUUUCUCCCUCUUUGGCAUACAAUAGUUACAUGAACACAUGACGCAACAGUGCAGCGCAAUAAUUACAAAAAGUAAAACCUAUGACCUGCACUCUGAAGUGGAUGCAGCAGAGGGCGCUAUGACCCUUUACCAUUGGUGUGUGAGCCCUGCCGAUACGAAGAAGAGUCACGUUGCCCAAUGCGGUCAAAUCCACACCACCAGCGCUGUUAGCACAUCUCCGCUACAGAGCUAAGAGGCUACGAGGUAGGAGGAAGUGAAUGGUGGGCGGGGAGGUUGUAUCCACUACUAAUACCCAACGUGUACUGGACAUCUUAAAGAGCCGCUGUAAGUGAGCUACACCCAUGAUGCACACGAUUCUAACCGAAACACCACCUCUGUCCGCUCAGUAGAGAUGUCAGUGGAGUGCCCCUACACGCCUCCUCCCCCUCCUCUUCCACCACCUGCUCCACCUGCUCCAGCCUCGUCCCCCAAGAAGAAGCUGUAUCAGACUAUAGCCAUCAGCAGAAGUGCUGUGGAGGGGAACCUCACAGAGGCCUGCAUGCUGCUCGCUCAGAGAGAGAGCAGUUUUAGAAAAGACCUUCAGUGGAUACUUGUCAACACAUAUGUGCCUUCCCUCAUCCAAGAUGGUCCACAGUGCGGCCUGGUGGCUUUGUGGAUGUCCACUCACCUUCGAAAGCCACAGCUGUGUGUCGACAUGGAAACGGUUGUUCAGACGGCGCUGAGCAGGGGAUACACGGCACAGGGUGAAAUGUUUUCAGCUGACAACAUGGCCCUGCUGGCAGAGGAGGUGUGUGGCUGUAAGGCCCAACUACUGUCGGGCGGCAUUAGAGGCGAUAAUGCUGCAGCCGUCAUCACACACCUGUGGGGGAGACAGCCCGUUCUCAUCCCAUAUGACGAGGAUUACAACCAUGAGCCGUGCCAACGGAGCGGCCACAGGGCGCACUGGGCGGUCGCCUCAGGUGUUCUGCUCGGUGUGGACCAGGGAAGCGUGAGUGAAGAGCACACCCGGCCCCAUCCCACCCUGCCCUGGCUCUCCGUUGCCGCUGACAACGGCGCUCCUUGCCCCGCCGGUGACACGGCGCUCAAAGAGGUCUACGUCCUGGCUAAGCAGGGUAAAAGCCUGCGCUACCAGCUGUGGAGUCUGGACAGCAUAGCUCAGAGCAACGAGCAGCUGAGGACGAUGGACCCUAAGAGAGCGACCGACGGGACCCAGUACGUGGUUCCUCAGGGGGGGGUGGAGGCCGGGCUGGCUGGACGGGUGGUGAUGCUCCACACCAGGACGGAGAAACAGCAGUAAAUGUGACAUUCAUGUUACUUGGAUGUUAGGAUCUUACAUCUAUCAUCAAAUUAUCGUCUUGUAAUUUAAUCCCUGAAGUUUACAUCUGAAUUUUCACAAAAUACCCCCACAUUCUUCCAAUACCACGUUUAAACGGCAUAUUUGAAGAAUAUUUUCUUUCCUUUGACAAAUAUAUAUCACAAAUUAUAUGGAAUAUAUUUAUACAAUAGUUUUAAUAC